CUAUGUUCACCGCAACAGCCCCUCGUUUUAGGCUCUUCCAUCGUGAGCCACAAAGAGCGAGACCGUGAACCACUGUCAGUCGAACAUGGAUCGUCAAACUACGGUGAGCCGUCAAACCCGAUGACGAGCAAAAUAUAAUAGUCCACAAACGAUAGCGUAUUGGAAUAGAUGGUGAAACCGAUAUCGUAGACUACCAAAAUUGUUUAUCUUUUUCUCGAUAUUUGCUAAUUCGAUUAAUUUGUUUUAAGUCCGAAAGGUGAAUUAUAUUAUUGAAUUAUAGAAAACGCAAUUAAAAUGUUGUGAAAUAUUACAGGCUUAAUAUUGAAUCUUUAAAACCAGUUGUGUGUAGUGUAAGGUUAAUACGAGCGGAGAUUGAAUUCUUUAAGCUGAUCACACCUAAUUUGGUCUUAUUGGUCAUUGCUGAAGAACUCCCAUCACACCUACCACAACAAUCUUAAAGAAUUCACCCGACCCAGGAUGAGUUCGCAGUCGAAUGUACGGCAAACCCGGUCGCAGACGAGGGCUCAGCAGGCGAAUGCUAACCUCCAUCCGGGUGACAACGGCAACGCACCGAGUAAUUCGUCGGAGGAUUCCUUCAUCCCAUCGAUGAUCGACAAAGACGGAGGUGAGUUGCGCGAUUGUGCUGGUUGCGAUCGACCAAAUAAUUCCGAGCGGUACAUGGUACAGUGCCGUAACUGUAACCAUUGGUACCACUUUACCUGUGCCGAUGUUGAUACGGCCACGGUACGCUCGUCUAGUUUCGUGUGUGUAGUGUGCAUGCCUGGCGGAGCUUCUGAGGUUCGGGAAGCGGCACCGAGUCAACUUAGCGGUAUUUCGAGCACGUCCAGCGCUCGUAGAGCGAAAGUAGACCGCGAACUACUGCGUCUGGAAGAGGAGCAGAGGUUGCUGGAGGAAUUGAACCGGGAGCGAGUUGAAAAGGAGCGCGCACUAAACGAACGUGAACUUCUGGAGCGGCUUGAGCGUGGCAAGCAGUUCAUUGCUCGGAAGCAUGAAUUGCUCAGUCGGAAGGACGACGAGGAAGGACGAAGUGUACGUAGUAUGCGGAGCAGUCGAAGCAGUGCGAAACGAACGGAGGACUGGGUAAGGCAGACAAGGACGACCGAGAUUUCCGGUGGGGUUGUUGGUGAACAGACACCCGCGUCUAUAUCUGCAAACACUAACCAUCUUGUUGGAGAUGCACUUCCGAUUGAACCGCAGGGAGUACACUCUUCAUCGACGCCGAUAAAGACUGCGGUAUCGGCAGUGGUACCCUGUGACGACGACAGAGCAGGAACGGGAUCGGAGGCGAAAUCUGUCCCGCAGACCGUGGAGAGCGUUACGAUUGGAGAGGAGUCUGAGGAUUCCCUUGACGUUGCCGCUGGAGGUGACACAGGUGAUGAAAAGCGAGGAACCCGACCGGCCAGUCUACCAUACGUCAAUCUUCAACCGUAUGCAGAUCUUCUCAAGGUUGAAGAAGUAGAUCCGAAUUCCGAGUUGGUUUCGAAUGCUGGAGCGGUGCCUAAAAUCAAUCGCUUCGGCGCACAUUGCUACAAGCGUUGGAGCGUUGAAACCGGAGAGCUCCGGAAGCAGAAUGCUCUGCAGUUGCAGAGACAGACAGAAGCGGAACAGCGGGUCAUCCAGGAUUUGAUGGACAAGCACCAGUUCGAUAUUGACUCACGGCGGAAACGGGAAGUACAAUUAGUAAACCGCAUCAAAAAUCUCCAGCUGCAAUACUCCGAAGAGCUGAAACUGCUGCGAGAAGCGGAAGACAGCUUGCGGAGCCAGCUCGAGCAUAGAAAGCGAUCACAAACAAGCUUGGAGACGCAGAUCAAGGAUAGGGAGAAGUCUUUCGCCGAAGAGAAAGAGCGGAUGCGCACUUCGGAAGCAGAUUUACGCAACCUGCUCGACCAACGUAAUAGGGAAUGCGAAGCACUUCGGCUACAAGUGGCAGAACUAGAGAGUGAAGUCCAGUGUCUGCGAGAGACACAACAACAGAUGCAGUGGCAAAUGGACGAAAGCCGCCGUCGCGAAAACGAAGCUGUUCGUCUACGUAAAGAAGCGGAAAAGGAGUACUGGAGUUUACACGACGAGGUACAGCAAGUCAUCAACCGCAAUGAAGAUCAGUCAGUUGGUGAAAGUUCGUCUCCUCCUUUGCCGCCUCCCCCUAUCUCAUGGUUUGACCCCGUGAAUGGGCCGAACACAGGCAGCAGUUUGGAUACGUCCCUUCUUCCACCCCCUCCUCCAAUGUUGUUGGAUAAUGCUCUGUCAAAUGACCGACCAGAAAUUCCACCACAAUCCGGGCGACUUGAUAGUGGUAGAAUCGACAUGCCUGCCCCAUUUCCACCCACUUCGAAUGUAUUCCCUGCAGUGUCGAGAACCCAUUCCCAAACAUCUUUCCAAGGCUUAGUGCCGGCCUACACAGGUGGUUAUUUGGGACCAUCACCUCAACAACUAGCUGCGAGGCAGGUUGUAACCAAAGAGCUGCCGAUUUUCUCCGGGGACCCGAUAGAUUGGCCGCUGUUCAUAAGCAGCUAUCAGCAUUCAACGGAGGCGUGUGGGUACACUAACUCCGAGAACCUUCUGCGACUACAACGUAGUUUGAGAGGUAGUGCGAAGGAGUCCGUCAGUAGCUUUCUACUCCACCCGUCGACAGUACCCCAAGUCGUGUCCACACUGCAGCAGUUGUACGGCCGCCCUGAGCAGAUAGUGAACAACAUGAUCGCUAAAGUGCGGGCAACACCUCCUCCGAAACCGGAUCGGCUAGAGACUCUCGUGAGUUUUGGACUGGUAGUUCAAAACCUUUGUGGGCAUCUGAAGGCAGUAGGGCUUCAGCGACACCUUGCAAACCCAAUCCUACUCCAAGAGCUGGUCGACAAGCUACCAGCGACGGUAAAAUUUAGCUGGGCGCUCUACCAGGAACAAGUUCCAAUAGUAGAUCUAAAUAUAUUCAGUGACUACAUGGCGAAAAUAUCAUCAGCGGCUAGUGGCGUUACUCAACUAGCGAACAUCCCACAGAAAACAUCGAAGGACGAGCGAAGCCGGCAGAAAGAGAGAACGUUUGUGAACGCGCACGUAUCCACCGAUCAACCGAAGUCGAACCGUCGUGAAGAAACCGAGAAAAGUGUCAUGAAUGUGGGAAAGCAGAAGGAAAAGGAGGCCAGCAAGAGCAGUAGAACGUGCUCGAUGUGUAACGUUGAUAGCCACCAAAUAGAGACGUGUACAUCUUUUAAAGGAUUGGAUCUAGAUGGUAGGUGGAAAGCGGUAAAACUAAAUAAACUGUGUGCCCGUUGCCUCACAUCUCACGCACGUUGGCCGUGUAGGGGAGAAGUUUGCGGAAUCAAUAACUGCCCUAAACGUCAUCAUCGUUUGCUCCACUUCGAGCCACCGCCGGCGACUAAGUCCAAUGCAGUCGUUACGGUUCACCGUCAGCUGUCAUCGUCAACGCUAUUCCGAAUCCUCCCAGUCACCUUGUUUGGGAAAAAAGGUCAGGUCGACACUCACGCUUUCCUUGAUGACGGAUCGUCAGUGACGCUCGUCGAACGGUCAAUCGCAGAAGCACUUGGAGCUAGCGGAGCUGAAGAAACGUUGCGUAUCGAAUGGACGGGAGGCAUCAACAAGACCAUUACUGGCGCAGAAGUGGUCACGAUGGAGAUAUCCGGAACAGGCGGCUACAAGCGGUACAAGUUGUCUGAGGUGUACACAGUCGAUAAUCUUGGAUUACCACAACAGACCAUGGAUUACGCAGAGCUUUCUGAACAAUUUGCGCACAUCCGUAAGCUUCCGGUGAAAAGCUUGAAUUGCGCUGUACCUGGAAUCUUGAUCGGGCAGAGUAACUGUCAUCUGCUAGCGACGCUUAAAUUGCGAGAGGGCAAACUCACCGAACCAAUUGCAGCGAAGACCAGGAUUGGGUGGACGGUGUGCGGAAGUCUGCGAAAAACUCGAAUUCACAAACAACUUCACAUAUCCGAGUCCACGGGCGUUGAUCUCCACGAAUACGUUCGGCAAUUCUUCGACAUUGAGAGUUUGGGAGUAGCUGUUGUGCCUACUGUAAAAACCGAAGAGGAAGAGCGUGCGAAUAAGAUCCUGGAGGAAACUACGCGGCGUUUGGAUGGUGGAAAAUAUGAGACAGGUCUGCUCUGGAAACACGACUACGUGGAGUUUCCAGACAGUCGACCGAUGGCGGAACGACGCUUCAAGUGUUUGGAGAAACGGUUGGCUAGAAAUGCAGUAUUGUACGACAGCUUUCGGCAGCAAAUAUCGGACUUCAAGGAGAAGGGCUACAUACACGAAGCAACGAAAGAAGAAGUUGAAGGGUUCGACCAGCGGCGAACAUGGUUUUUGCCAAUUGGAGUCGUAGUCAACCACAAGAAAGGGAAGGUGCGAGCAAUCUGGGAUGCAGCGGCGAAAGUUGACGGUGUUUCUCUGAAUUCUAUGCUGCUCAAGGGUCCAGAUCUACUGACUCCGUUGUUGUCCGUGAUGUUCCCCUACCGGGAACGAGAAGUUGCGAUAUCAGCGGACAUAAAAGAAAUGUUUCUGCAGAUUAUGAUCCGCGAGCAGGAUCGGAGUGCUCUAUUGUUUCCCUACAGGGAUUCUCCAGAGCAGCCAAUGAAAACCAUGGUCAGCGACGUGGCAAUAUUUGGGGCGGCUUGCUCCCCUGCGCAGUCGCAGUAUGUCAAAAACAAGAAUGCGUCAGAGCAAGAAGCCGAAUUUCCGAAAGGAGCAGCCGCGGUGAAAAAGAGACACUAUGUGGACGACUAUGUGGAUAGUUUCGACAGGGCAGAGGAAGCGUUGGAAGUUGCGAAGGAAGUCAUCGAAGUACACAAGCGAGCGGGGUUCCAUAUCCGCAAUUGGAUGUCCAGUGAUAGGAAGGUUGUCGAGAACUUGGAAGAACCAAACCAGAAUCCGUCGAAAACUAUGCUGCCGGACAAGGAGAAGGAAUUUGAACGAGUCUUGGGAAUGGCGUGGAAUCAAGAAGACGAUGUUCUCCUAUUUUCGCUGCAGCUUUGCGAGAAUGUGAGUUUCCUACUGGAUAACGACAAGAUUCCGACAAAAAGAGAAAUGCUCCGCUUGGUUAUGAGCAUCUACGACCCACUGGGAUUGAUAGCGUCGUUUGUGAUACAUGGAAAAGUAAUCAUCCAGGAAGUAUGGCGGACUGAUGCAAGCUGGGAUAGCCAAAUCCCGGCGGACAUCGCUAUUCGCUGGAAGGAAUGGAUAGCAACGCUCAAGAAAAUGGACAAACUGCGUCUCCCACGGUGUUACUUUCCUGGCUACGAUCCCGAAAGCUUCAAAAGCUUAGAGCUACAUGUUUUCGUGGAUGCAAGUGAACAGGCUUUUGCGGCAGUUGCGUAUUUCCGUAUAACAGACAGAGGACAGAUAAGAGUCGCACUUGUAUCAUCCAAAACGAAGGUCGCACCACUUCGAGGGCUAUCAAUUCCUCGGCUGGAACUAAUGGCGGCACUACUGGGAGCUCGCUUGCGGAGAACUGUAGAGGACAACCAUUCGUUGAAGAUCAAACAAACAUUCUUCUGGAGCGAUUCAUCCACCGUCUGCUCGUGGAUUAAAUCGGAUACACGUCGAUAUCGUCAGUUUGUCGCUUUCCGGGUUAACGAGAUUUUGGCCCUUUCCAGUGUUGAUGAAUGGCGGUGGAUUUCGACGAAAGUCAAUGUGGCAGAUGAAGCCACGAAAUGGGGCAAAGGUCCAGCUUGUAGCAUCAACAGCCGAUGGUUCCAUGGACCCGAAUUCCUCUACAGCAGUGAAGCAGAUUGUUCGGCGGUUCCGGAAGAAGGUUUGGAUGAAAGCUACAGGGAGCUGCGAGAAGCGUACGUGUGCAGUCAUCUGGUCAGGAUACCCAUAGUUGAUACAGCAAGGUUUUCUCGAUUCGAAAGAAUGCUGCGUGCUGUGGCGUACGUCCAUUGUUUCGUUGAUAGUCUACGAGCGGUGAAAUACGGCAGACAUGGAAAUACCGUUGGAGUGUCAAGCGAAGAAAUACAGAAAGCAGAGCGGACGUUGUGGCAAAUUGCGCAGUCCGACGCGUUCCCGGACGAAGUUGCUGUAUUGAAACAAAACCUGGAACGAAAUGGAAGCAAUCAGAAGCAAAUAGGAGCAUCCAGCAGUGUCCUGAAGCAGUCACCAUUCGCCGACAAGUACGGAGUGUUGCGGGUAGGAAGCAGAGCUGCUGCUUCACAGAUACUAGCCUACGAUACAAAGUUCCCCAUCAUUUUGCCUCGAAACCAUCGGAUUACUGCGUUGCUGUUAGAUUUCUACCAUCGGAAGUACGGCCAUGCCAACGACGAAACCGUAGUCAAUGAAGUGCGUCAGAAAUUCCACGUGCCGCGUUUGCGUGUGGAAGUUCGUCUGACAAGAAAACGCUGCAUGUGGUGUUGCGUAUACAAGUCAGUACCCGUAGCUCCGAAAAUGGGACCACUACCAGCUAUACGUUUGCAGCCGUGUGUUCGCCCUUUCACGUACGUAGGCGUCGACAUAUUCGGGCCGUAUUUGGUGAAGGUUGGACGAAGUGUGGCGAAACGGUGGGUGUGUCUUUUCACCUGCCUUUCGAUCCGGGCUAUUCAUCUCGAGGUGGUUAGCAGUUUGUCUACCGACUCCUGCAAAAAGGCGUUUAGAAGAUUUAUAGCUCGACGAGGAGCUCCUCAGGAAGUUUACUCCGAUAACGGAACCAACUUUGUUGGAGCUAAUCGAGAUCUACAGGAGGAAGUCAGCAGAAUCCACAUCGAAUUGGGCAGCACUUUCACGAAUGCAAGAACUCAGUGGCGGUUUAACCCUCCUGCCGCUCCUCAUAUGGGAGGCUGUUGGGAGAUAAUGGUUCGUGCUGUAAAGACAGCGCUAGGAUGCGUACCCACCGUGCGGAAGCUGGACGAUGAAUCGUUUGCUACAGUGUUGGCCGAAGCAGAAAGCAUAGUUAAUUCCCGGCCACUCACAUUCAUCCCUUUAGAAACGGCGGACCACGAGUCGCUGACUCCAAACCAUUUUUUGUUACUAAGCUCGAAUGGGGUACGGGAGCCAGAGAAGUUUCCUACGGAUGCAGGGGUGGCGCUGAGAAGCAGUUGGAAUAUGGUAAAGCAUACACUGGACAACUUCUGGCGCCGCUGGGUGGUUGAAUAUCUGCCGACAAUAAUAAGAAGAACGAAAUGGUUCCGAGACGUGGAGCCGAUAAAAGUAGGAGACCUGGUAUUCGUAGUGGACGAAAACGUGAGGAACCGAUGGAUUCGUGGCCGAGUGGUACAAACGAUACUGGGAAAGGAUGGCGUUCCGCGUAGAGCGGAAGUGAUGACAUCGGGAGGAGUUCUGAAGAGGCCCGUCACGAAGCUGGCUGUGCUGGACGUGAUAAGAUCUGGUGACGCAGGACCGGAAGUCACGGCGACACGGGGGGGAGGAUGUUCACCGCAACAGCCCCUCGUUUUAGGCUCUUCCAUCGUGAGCCACAAAGAGCGAGACCGUGAACCACUGUCAGUCGAACAUGGAUCGUCAAACUACGGUGAGCCGUCAAACCCGAUGACGAGCAAAAUAUAAUAGUCCACAAACGAUAGCGUAUUGGAAUAGAUGGUGAAACCGAUAUCGUAGACUACCAAAAUUGUUUAUCUUUUUCUCGAUAUUUGCUAAUUCGAUUAAUUUGUUUUAAGUCCGAAAGGUGAAUAAUAUUAUUGAAUUAUAGAAAACGCAAUUAAAAUGUUGUGAAAUAUUACAGGCUUAAUAUUGAAUCUUUAAAACCAGUUGUGUGUAGUGUAAGGUUAAUACGAGCGGAGAUUGAAUUGUGAGUAAUUCUAAAAUUAGUUAUUAUACUUAAUCCUAAAUAAAAAUUUUUCCUAGCUUUAAGCUGAUCACACCUAAUUUGGUCUUAUUGGUCAUUGCUGAAGAACUCCCAUCACACCUACCACAACAAGC